UCGACAAGCAAAUUAAAGAUCUGGGCAAGAGAUUUGAAGAUCCUAAAAGAUCUUGACAAGAAUGUCAGUGAUCCUUGAAGAUCCUGGCAAGGAAACGGAAGAUUGUUGAAGAUCUUGGCAAGAAUGUUAUGGCACCUUCAAAAUUUUGACAAGAAAAUAAGCAUACUUAAAGAAAAGUUUAUGGGAUGAAGCAUGAUCUUAACCACCAAAGAUGUUAACUAUUAAAGAAUGGAUGUAGAGGUCGGAUUAAAUGCUCACUCGGUGUAAACAACACAGGUGACAAUGGGUUUCUGGCCAAAAGAAAAAACCUCAUAGUAAGUUAAAAAGAAAAACUGAACCAAACCUAAAAAAAUGAUGAUAAAACUUUUUUGUAUUGCUAAAUGAGAAUUACCCAUCCUCUUUUAGUGGGACUACUUCUGCUGGGAGAAAAAAUUUUCCUUUCGGAUUUUAAGUUAGUAUUAAGAUUUUCAUUUUCCAAAAAAUCUAGCUACAGUGCAGCUCAAAGAUAAGAGGACCAAAAUAUAUGUGUUUAACUUGUCUAGGACUAGAUUAUGAUCAGACUCAGACUAGUCUUAAGGAGGGGGUAAACAUGAAAAAAGACACUCUUUACAAACAAGAUUACCUCAAUAACUAUAUUUCUGAACCAUAUUAACUUAUAAACCAAAGGAAAGCUUAGGAAUCACAGACAAUGAAUAUAACUAAUAUGUUGCCCUAAACUAAUUUGUUAUUUGACACCAGAUUAAUCUGUCAACCUCAUGGUGUGAAAAACCUAGGUAUACUUGAGAAAAGAUAACUGUACUAAGAUUGCAUGAAAUCAAGUACUUUUAGUGUCAAAGCAAAGUACUAGGGUCAUUCUCUUGGAUGAGGUGGGGAAUUUUGGGAGUCAUAUAUAUUAUGGGCACAGUACCCGUCCAAAGUUCACCAAAAUUAUUAGGUGAGUUCACAAUAACUUUCUUAAAAUUCAACUUAUGGAGAAAUUGUCUGCUUAUCCAACUCAACUCAAUGAGAGGAUACAGCCCUGAAAAUUACAGAUUAAUUGAACUAAUACAUCCUGAGGUACAAAAUAAGUGUUUUUGGGAAUUGAAAUGAAAACCUCUGAAAGAGCUCUUUAAGUUGGUUACACAGAACCAAGUAAAUUCACACCUUCUUUACAAACAUGUCCUUCAGAGAGCAUCAAGGAGAAUCUCUCUAGAUCAGUAAGCCUGUAUCCUUGUCCCUGAAACACAUCCUUUCCAUCCUCACUCUCCAAGGGCUCAGAGCAAGAAUCAUUGGGCAAGCAUGGCAUCUUCAUUUUCUUUCUUGAAGCACCAAUGGAUUCCAUUUGAAAAAAGAAAAAACAAAAAAAAAGAAAUAAAAAAAAAGAAAGAAAGGUUGCCACGGUUAUCUUUCUUGCACACUCUGAUUGAACAGUACUGUAAAACACUUUUCUUCCAGGUUCAAAAAGAGAUACCUUUUCAUAAGAGGCUCCUGCAUUACGUUGACCUCUAAAGCUGGUUAAAUGUUGAUAUUUCCAUGUUCAACAUGGAAAUGAUUUUUUUUAUUUACUUUAUUUACUUGCAUUUUUUUAGAUUUGUUCAAGCAGCUGUUUCUCUUGCUGUUGUAAUACCUUGUUUGUUAGAGCUACAAGAGCAGCAUUAUGGAGUCAAGAAAGGAAUACCAACCCUUGUCAUGGCUGCUGCUUCCUUUGACAAUGUCCUUUGCAUAAGUGCAUUUGGGAUCUGCUUAGGAAUAGCAUUUGGCUCAGGUAACCUCGUAUUCAGCAUAUUCCGAGGACCAAUAGAGUUGGCUCUGGGAAUAAUUCUUGGAUGCCUUGCUGGUUUAAUUUGCUGGUAUUUUCCUAAUGAGAAUGAGACUAACUUGGCUCAAAACAGAGUAGUGAUUCUGCUGUCACUUUCACUGUUAUCAGUAUUUGGAAGUAAUGUGGCAAAGUUCUCUGGUGCUGGGGCUCUUGGGGUCCUAACCAUGUCAACUGUUGCUGCUUAUGGCUGGACACAGCAGGGGAAGGUCCCUGUAGCCCUGGUGAUGUCUCUAGUAUGGCAAGUGUUUGAACCACUACUGUUUGGCCUUGUGGGGGCUGAAGUCAGUGUGGAGUACAUGAACAGUAAGGUUGUUGGAACGGGUAUUGCAAGUUUGGUUGUUAGUCUGGUUAUACGGCUCUUCGCCACUUAUCUUGGCUUGCUUGGUAAUGACCUCAGUUUGAAGGAGAGACUGUUUAUUGCCAUAGCGUGGUCACCAAAAGCUACGGUUCAGGCCGCCAUUGGUUCUGUUUCGCUGGACUUAGCUCGACAGAAGGGCUUCACAGGGCAAAUUGAAGAGGAGUUUGGAAUACAGAUUCUGACCAUUGCUGUUCUGGUUAUUCUUAUCACCUCACCCAUCGGCGCCAUUGGAAUCGUUUUGGCAGGACCGCGAAUGUUAGAGCGCAGUCUCCCUCAAGAAGUUGAGGUCGAUGGUGUUCUACAGAAAUCUUCCGGAUCCCAUGAAAGGAGGGAAAGUCGAUGUAUAGAAAGCACCGUGUAAUGUUAUUUUUUUUUUUUACGAUUUCGAGAACAGACUACUUAGCGAAGCAAAUCUGAAGAGUACUGAACUAUAGUUGUAUAUUUUUAACUUACCGAAAUGAUAAAAGAAAAGAUUAUCAGUUUUGCUAUGAAAUAAUUAUUGUACAGUGGCAAUUGACAACGAAAAUGCCAAGUUAAACUUGCAAAAAGCUUAGAAAAGUACUAGUGCAUUCACACAGAUUUAAAUAAUUAGAAAUAAAGUCAGCGGCUUUCAUUAAAUGCAUUCAUUAAAUAGUUUAUUAGGAUAAUGCGCUACUGUUACAAGCACUGCAAGACCAGUAGCAUAUAACUUACUGAUCUUCAAUGUCCACUAUGCUUCUUAUUCUACAGCAGAGAGUCACACACGACUGACUAACACUAAAUGAAAAACUGAAAAGUUGUUGGAAACAAUAAAAAAACCAUGUUAUUAACUAAUCGGUGGAAAACAAACUUUAAACAGAAACAAAUCAUAAGUGAGACCAAACGCGAAAAAGAAAAAAAACAAAACAAAACAGAAAAGUAAAGAAAUAAACAAAAUUAAACCUUAAGGAAAACGAACAGCGAAAGUUAAAGUUGUGGCUCUGAGAACGUGGGUAAAUCAAAGUAAAGUGUAUUUUAUACUUUAAUGAAAAAAAUAAAAGAUGAACAGAAUAAAAUAUGCGAUAAUGCGCACAAUGGAUGAGAUCUCAA